GUUUUGAUUAAAAAGUAAUUGAAUUUGAAGGACUUUAAAUUGGGAUCAACAAUUGAAAGUAUGAAUCUUAAAUUACUUGUAAUCUUACUAAUUAAUAUUGUAUUUGUUUCAAAAGUUAAUGGGUCAGCUUUUUCACCACCAUUUUCUAAUUUCUCCUCCAAAAUAAUACGACAAAAUGUAAUCGAUUCAAGAGCGGAUAUAACUCAUCACCCGUGUAUGGUUCAAGUGUAUGUGCUACGAAGACAAGAAGAAGGUUUCGCCGGUGUAGAUGAUUGGCAUUUUGUAUGCGGUGGAGCCUUGAUUCAGCCUAUGGUGGUAUUAACUGCUCAAAGCUGUGUUUAUGAAACAUUAUUUUAUGCUGUUGAUGCUGGAACACAUGAAACUCAUAGCUGUGAACAUUUUAAUUAUGUAACUAAUAAAAGGAUGCAUCCUUUAUACAUACCGGGGCAGCCUGAUUACAAUGUGGCAAUGCUUAAGGUGGAAAGGCCAUUCGAUUUAUCAUCGAAAGUUGGCCUUUGUAUUAUAUGCUAUACUCAGGAUUGGGAAAAUAUUAUGGAGUUUUCAAGUCAACUCAAAAUAGAAGGAAUGGCAGUAGGAUGGCGUAGUGGAAAAUUACGAAAUUACGUGGCUACGGAACUUCAUCAUGGAUAUUUUGAUAUUUUAAGGAGAUCUGCAUGCGUUCAUCGUAUUAAAGAAUACUUUCCAUUGUCUGGCAGUGAUCAAAACCAAGCUUUUUGUACUGUUUUCUGUUUAUGUAAAGAAGAGAUGUCGUAUCAGAAAAUACCAAAUGUGUGUUACAGAGAAAAUGGUGCACUGCUUUUUGUAGGAAAAUAUUUAUGGGGUAUUUCAUCAAUUCUCGGAGAUGGUAAUAGUUGUAAACAAACCACGACUUUCUUGUUUACAAAAUUGGUUUAUUAUGGUAUUGCGCAUUGGAUAGAAGCUAUUAAGACAGAAUUUAAAACUCUUCAGCCUCGACCCACAUCAUGGUUGAAAGAUUCCGAGACUCCCAUGCCAAAUGCUUGUGAACGAAAUACACCAAUAGAAAAUACCAAAGAGUAUUAUUGGGGUUGA